GCUAGCUGGAUUCCCAUUUGGAUUCCCAAACAUGUGGAUAAACGGAUAACUCGUUCAUAGGGCUAGAUUGGUUUCUUUCAUGGAUAGCUUGCUGGUGUAGUGAGUGCAUCUUGUCAGAAGAUCAGUCCGUGACGUCAGCGUGUUGUUGUUGUUGUUUUCUGCACGCAUUUGAUUGGCUCGCGCAUCGAACACUUGGAUAAUUUACUAUCAUAGCGCAGGAUAUUUAUAGAUCGGAUUUGUUAUUCUGUGCUGUGUAGGUUGUGAGCUUUGUUUACCAGCUGGGGGAGGGGGGAGUGUUUAAUGUUUACCACCCGAGGUGCUAGAGUGGUUUGUGGAAUUACUGGUGCCGGCCUCCAUGAAACACAACCAGCCCACGAGUUGGACUAGUGAUGACGUGCAAGGCAGCCAACUUUGGGAUAUUUUCUCACAAACGGCUCAAGACUGAGCCGAGUCGGCUAGAAGCGUCUUUUAACGGACACGGGAAGAAAGUCUCCCUUCUUAUGUGCGGCACCAAACAGAACUUUGGUCCGAGCCUCACACAGCCACGCCCAGCUAACCAUGGUCAGCAGCGGACAGAUGCUAGGCUGACCAUCGGGUACCUCACCAGAAGCUCCACCCCCGUUAGAGGCUGUCUACCUGCUUCACGUGCCAGGAAACGUGGCAGUACACAGGAUGGUGACCACUGCAGUACACAGGAUGGUGACCACUGCAGUACACAGGGUGGUCACACGCAGGAGAAAAGGCGGAAACUGGGCGUUGACGACAUCGACGAAAAUAGCCAGGAUGACGUCACGUGGUCAAAAUCCCAGAGACUGGUGCCUGUUUCCUGCAGCCUCAGUCCUAUGCUGCCACUUAAAGACGACCAACGGCAGACUGACAUGGAGCUGGACGACCCAUUUAUCGGGAUGGCCGGGUACAUCGGCUCACCCAAGCGGUGCAAGAAGCGGAACUUCUAUGUGGCCGACAGCUCGGGGGAUGCCAGCCUACUGGGGCAGCUGCUGAAGCAUAGCGGGCCGCGGCCCUCGGGCCAGGCGGACAACGGCAUGCGGCCCACCGGUCAGGUGGACCACGUCGCGCGGCCCACCGGUCAGACGGACCACGGCGUGCGGCCCACUGGCCUAGCGGACCUAGAGCAGCAGGCCAGCCUGGACUUUGAGGACUUGAUGGACUACAGCUGUGCCGUCACGCCGGCCAGACAACAGCUGUCCCACACAGGCUCGCUGUGUCAGAUCAUCUCGGACUGUCAAAAGCUGCGUUUGUCUGAUGAAGGACAGCUGAUGCUGGACGCUGCUCAAGGCUUUCUCAUGAUUAUAGACAAGGAACUUCGGAUUUUGUUUGUCUCAGAGAAUGUGUCGGAGCAUCUGGGACACCAGCAGACGAACAUGCUGGGGCUGAGUAUAGCCGAGUUUGUCCACCCUAAAGACAUGAACGAUAUCAUCGAUCACAUGAAGGAUGAACAGUUCCAGUCAGGUAACGAUGGAACCUCACCUGUCUGGCUGACAAGGCGCAUGUUUUAUGUAGGCAUGAAGUUCUGCUUCCAGAAACCUGGCUCCCGCAACAAGGACACGGGAUACACACUGGUACAAUGGAAUGCUAAGCUCAGGCUAAAGAGGUCAAAAAAGGGGCAGGAUGUGUAUGUCAAAAGCUUGCUGGCACUCUGCAGACCUGUACGCACUGAUUCCGUUUUGGAGAUCCGUAUGGAUGGGAAUAUGUUUAUAAGUCGUCAUGAUCUCAGUUUUCACUUCAUCUACUGUGAUCCCAGGAUUAUUAAUUUGAUUGGUUAUGAGCCAAGUGACCUUCUAGGCAGGACAGCCUAUCAAUUUCACUGUCCUAAAGAUGUCUUGGUGUGUAAAGAUUGUCACACAUCAUUGAUUUUAUCAGGAGCCUCCAAGUCUGACUACUAUAGAUUUCUGUCCAAGUCAGGAAAAUGGGUUUGGCUGUCUACACAUGCCACAAUAGUAUAUGACACAGCCAAAAACCCUCAGUAUGUUGUUUGCAAAAACUACAUCAUCAGCCAAGAAGAAGCCGAGCGCAAGUUGUCCCAGGAGCAGAAGGACUUUGAAGCAAUGAAAUGUUUGGGCUUCAGCUUAGAAACAGACCUGCCCAUUGUGGAGUACAUGUCUUCCUCCCGUCUGGCCAGCUCUAGACAAACUGAUGAGGACAACACUAUCAUGCUAGACCAGCUGCUGCACUCAGAAAAAGUUGAUGUUUCAUCCAAUCCUUAUGCACGGCCUAGAAAGAAAAGAAAUAUUUCAUCUGGACUAAACAUGGGUAUCCCCAGAAGUAGUUCCUCUAGUGGGCUCUACAUACAGGCCCUCAACCAAGUGGCCACAGUCAACAGCAAAGACAAUGUGCCCACAGUGGGUCAGGCAGCUGAGCCAGUAGAUAUGGCCGACCCAGCUGGGCAACUCUUUGACCUGACCUUGACAUCAAACAGCUUUGACCCAGUGCUGGCUGACAUGUCAGAGCCCCAGCUGACCACAGCUGACCUCUUCACUAGCCAAGACCAUUGGUUUUCUCCUGACCUGACUAAUGGCUUCUUUAGUCAAGGCUUAGCUGAGAAAGAAAAUAUACUGACAUUCACAGAGGGAUGUACUGGCCUUAGCUCAGUUGAAGCCAUGGAGCAGUCACUCUCUAAAACAGAGCUGCUGGGGAAACCAGUUGCAUCUAACCGAAGUCAGCUCAGUCCAUCCAAAACAAACAUGAGAAGCACAGCAAAUACAUUUCCAAGGCUCCAGGAGGUGUCCCAGCCUGCGCUGACCACCCAACAGCCUGUGCUGACCACCCAACAGCCUGUGCUGACCACCCAACAGCCUGCUCUGGUCACCCAACAGCCUGCUCUGGUCACCCAACAGCCUGCGCUGACCACUGUACAUGGCCAGGCUGCAGAUAACGAGCUAGCACCCAGUAAAUUAUAUUCUCUCCUCAAAACUGGAGCUAAUCCUAAGGUUAUGCCCAGUUCUCAGAAAAUCAUCAUCUGCAAGUCACAGGAUGAAAGCCAUGCCCCCAGAACAAACACUGUCAGUAUCCUGCGCAAUGCCCUCUUCUCAUGCCAUCCAAACGUGCCAGCUGUCGGCUGUCAAAAACCAGAGCUGGACACCCCUCCCCUGUCCUCCACCUAUCCAGGGUCCUGUGGCAAAUCAGAUCCUCCACCCGGUAAGAAAGAGAAGACAAACUUGAAAUACAACGGCUUGCAGUCUCAGUACCUGACAGCUGCCAACACAGACAGCUCAUCCUUCAUGACAGAUGGCAACUGUGAUCCAUUUCUCAGUCAGUUGAUGGACACAAAUUUGUUCCAGGACAGCUACAUGAUAGACAGCCCAGCUGAUGGCAGCUCCCACACACCAUAUGUCCAUCACAACAACACCAUGGAUCAAACUGGUAAAAGUCUACACACCUCCUUGAUGGAUGAUGCCUCUGUGACUCUAGGGGAAGCUGCUUUCUCAGCAGAAAACCUGAGGGAGUUGGACUCGUUCCUGAGUAUAAUACCUGCCAGCCCUGUGUCCCUGGACCAGCUCAGCUCCAACUUGGACUCGGAGAACUUCUCAGACAGCUUUGGACUCUGCUCUGAUCAGGAGGUGUCUCAGUCUUCUGUGACCUCGGCUGUUGUUACAACCCUGUCAAACUCUGGCUCUAGUGAGUCCUCUGAUAACGAGACAACCAAUGGUCGACCUUCUCUGCUUAGGACCUUGCUUGAUAAGGAAGGGGAAGCAAUACAAGGCCCCUUGACCUACACAGAGUGGAUUUUGGAAGAGGCGUUGAAGAAAAAAAAUGAACUGAAAAGAUCUAAAAUGGCCAGAAAUAAUUUCAAAAUUUCUGGUCAAAUGAGAGCCCGGUACAGUAAACACGGGGCCAGAAAAUCUACAGAGCUGCCUCUACCCAAAUCUGGCGUCUCCUUUAACUAUGCCCACAGUGGCACACAGAUGCGUAAACCCACCAAGGAGCUCCCUUUGCCACUGUCUGCCAUGUCAGCAUCCAGCUGUACCAUGUCUGACAGGCAGACGGGCAGCAGCAUUGGUGCAAACAGAAACCAGAGAGCCCCGUCAUCAGACAGCUGCGACUCCUUCAGCCUGCCAGAUGACUUGCUUGACCUGGCCGUGGAGUACUGUGGUUCUCUAGGGGCCGACCAGGCCGAAGCUUUGAUCUCUGAUCUAGCUGAAAACUCAACGUUUGAAGACAACCUUUACUCUAUGAUAGCUUCCCCUGCACAGGCCAAGACAAGCACGGUGCCAGGGUCCCGUCCAGCUGCCAGUCAGAUGUCAGCCAGCUGUGACGUCCCCAUGGUGAGUGACAGCAGGCCUGUCAGUGACAAACCUGCAGCCAGACAAAUUCACAUCACUGUCCUGGACAAGACUCCACAAGAUUGUGCCAACUCUCUUCUACCCAGCCCCAUCAAAAUUGACGUCAGGAUAGCCCGCCCCAACAGUGCUGGGGAUUCAGGUAAAAUGAGUCUACUGAGAGCAGCAGUCACCUCUCCCGAUGUUGACAAGCUCAUUGAGCAGAUUCCUCUCAGAAAAUCACCACCCAACUCUUCCUUAAUGAGAAAUUUUCAGCAGUUACCACAGAGUCAGCUGCCACAAGAGGAAUCUGAUAUUUUAAUUACAAAGGUCAGUGGCUUACAAAAGGACACUUAUGAACAAUCAACACAAAUGGUCCACGGACGAGUGUUUAAAGUUCCAGCAUCUGCCGCCAUUAAAGCCAAUGGUAAACUCUCCCCAUCCAAGUCAGUGUACAGCCCAACCAGUUCCAUGAGUGCAUCAGAGCAUAUGGACGCCAUACUGUUUGAUCACUUCUACACAGCCAGCUUGUCCAUGAACUCACCAAACCAGAGCCAUGCUUCCCCCGUUCACACCACUGGACCAAAAGCAAGCAUCAGCUGCAGCAAUAAGUCCAAGCUGAGCCCCACGUCUCCACGACCCACAACUCAUCGCCUGACCAGCCCUGGGUCGCCACGAGCUUCAGGGAUCACAAAUUCAGACCUUUCUUCCAUCCAGCCUGUGUCUGUGAUGAUAAUGAAGAAAGAAAACCACAGAUCUCGACGUUCAAAGAGUAUUGGUUUACAGACAGACAAUGAGCCUGGUGAGGUAUACCCAGAAUUUGAGCGCAGCCCCACAGAUACAAUCCUGUACCCCAGCUCAUGCCAGGUGUCCCAGUGCUUGACUCACUCGCCCAGCAGUCAGACCUCACACGGCAGCACGCCACUCUCAUCCUCUCCAAACAUGUCCGAACUGGAAAAGUUUUUACGUGGCUUUUCAGGAGCAGAGGAUAGUGUGUCUUCAGUGGAUGAAGAGGGCAGAUGUAGAUCAGAGACUCCAUUCUUACAGAGGCUGUUGACUGGUGAACUCAGCCAGGACAAUUACCAGCGUCUUGACCAGCAGCUCCUGGAGCGUGAGAGGAGAGAAUCUUUAUCAUCAGGUAGUGAACAGGAUUACUUGUGAUUCUCCAUUCACAGGAAUUUACUUGUGUUAUUCAAGUUUAGAUUGCCAUACUUCCAAAAAUGUUUGAAUAUUCAUUUGUCAUUUCAUUAUAAUUGUAUGCAUUGAAGAGGGGGUGGGG